GGCAUAGUAAAAAAAUGCAAGCUAAACUCAUUUGGCUAAUUGCUUCCAUGGGGCUGAUCUGGCUGAUUCAGCUUUCAACAAUCGAAGCCACAAGAUGGCAUGCAACCCAGUUGCUACCCUACUUCCGGCGUUUCAAACUGGACCAGACAAAGAACAGUGUCUACAAGCACAGCGUAAAGGAUGCCUUACAGAUGCAUCUGCGUGCUCCUCUUGUGCAGAAAGCGUUAUGUUUGCCUAAAGGCACAAAGCUUUCAACAGAUUGUUUGAACCGCAUGGUUGAUAAAGCUAGACAGCACGAGAAUAGAUUUUACGCCAGAUUCACUUACGCUUGCAAGCAACAUGCGGAAUAUUCAGCGGCUUGUUUGGAAUCUGGCCGACCGUUGUAUUCUCGCGCCCUCCGGAACCUCGUCAAGGAAACGGAGAGCUGUUGGAAAGUGUAAAUUUUGAACGAGGUUGUAUGCUUCCCAGUCCCAGCCCAGAAAGGAAUGAUUUAAUACCCAAAUACCGUUUUACCAAUGAGUGGCGGAAUAAUCGAUUUUGGGGAAAUAUACAUUUAUUCUUCCCUCUCUCUUGGGA